CAAGCUCCCACGCCUUCCUCCGCGACGUCUUCAUUCUCAUUCUCCAUUCAUUCUCUCCAUCGACCAUCUCUCAUCCGUCCUCCUCGUCACUCUCGUUCUCUUUCUCCUGCUCACUCGCUCUCUCUCUCUCUCACCCCCUGCUGGCACUUGCAGAGAACUCGGCUUCAUCUAUAUCUUGCCACAGCUUGACUCUCCACACCCCAAAUCUCCCUCCACCCCGAUCUCUAUCCCAGCUCCCACCCACUCCGCCCCGAUGGAUCCAAACUACUCCCACACGGGCAAGUGGCCCAAGGACAAGGAUCAUGUCGUCGGCCCCGUCAAGGCGGCGUGUCUCAGCUGUCGACAGAAGAAGGCUAAAUGCGACGGCCUCAAGCCUGUCUGCGGACAGUGCCAGCGCAAGCAGCUCGAAUGCAUCUACAUCAAGUCGAAGCGCGGCGGCGCGCGCAAGAAGCGUAAUCCCGCGGCGCCGUCUGCCCUCUCCGAGUUCUUAAAAAAGCUCGAUAGCCUCAUGGGAGUACCCCAGUUCGACCUCCGACACGCCGAGCCGCAGCCUGGCGAUGACCCGACCAACGUCGUGCGCACCUUCUCCAGCCGCGAGGAGGUGUUCCGCUGCUACUACAACGAAGUACACCCCUUCCUCGCCGUCAUGCCGCCGCGGCACUACCUCGUAGACGUGCUCCCGACGCUGCUGCCUGACUCGCCUUUCCUGCUUGCGGCGCAGACUGUCAUGACCCUCGCGCCUCACCCUCUAGACUCGAACCCGCGCUCGCCUCGCUCGAAACGCCUGCGCUCGUCUGCGUCCGCCGCACUCGGUCGCAAGGCGAUGGACGCGGUACAGCGCACCAUGGCUACGGGACCUUCCAUCGAGGCCAUCCAGGCGCUCACGAUUCUUGCUGUGUGGGAGUGGGGGAGUACCAACAACGCCUCGGCGGCCAUGGAACUGUUCGGUCAAGGCGUGCAGAUUGCCAUCUCGAUGGGCAUGCACGACAUGGACGCUGGCGGCACCGGAUUCGCCCUUGAAGGUAUAGACUGGCACCGCGACAUGAUGCGCCGCACCUGGUGGAUCCUCUACGUCUAUCAGCUCACGUCGGCGCUCGUCUCCGGCCUGCAGCCGCCUCUCGGUGCCGAUGACCCAAGCAUCAAGGUCGACUUCCCUAUCUGCUCUGACAAGGACCGCACCUGGAGCACCUGGAUCAACUGCAUUCGCCAGUGCUUCCGUGUUGUCAACAUGAUCAACGUCCUCGCCAUGGACGGGCAGCAGGGCGAUGGCGGCAUGAAGACGUGGGGCACGGCCAGCGAGGCGCCCGAGCUCACCCCCGAGCAGCGGGAGGUGAAGCGGCGCCAGAUGGUGGCCAUCGAUCGCCAAAUCAUGGAACUCAUGAAGCAGACGGAGAAGAUGUCUGUUGUGGAGCAGGUCCCUGGUGGCGAGGAAGAUGUCGUGCGGAACCAGCAGAUCGCGACGCGGUUUGGGCUUGCAGUUAUUCACAUCCACCAGCACCGCAUGACGGCCUUCCCGGAAGUGUCGCUGUUCUCGAAGCGCAUCUGCGGUCUGAAGGGGACAAGCGAAGAUGAGGAGAGUGAGGAGGAGUCGUACAUGGGAACGUCGACGCCGCAGAGCGUACCUCCAAGCACGGCGUUCUCGCAGCCGUCGUCCACCCCGGCGCUGCCGACGCAGCAGCCAAUGUCUUCUGUACCUACGAUGCCGGGCGGCUGGCCUAUGACGGACUUUGGGAUGGGUUCGCUCGGGUACGAUAACUUGAGCAACGCCGACGUUCUCCAGGUGAAUCAAAUGAUGGCCAGCCUGGGGACAACCGGCCAGCAGCAGCAGCAGCAGCAGCAGUUCAGCCAGCAGGCGUACCCGACGCCUGUGUCACAGUUGCAGUCGAACGGCAACGGGACCACCAACGCGACCAACUCGCCUGGUGACUUCCAGAAGAGCAACGCGGCAAUCAACGCGUUGAAUACGAGUAUCUCGUCGCCGGGUGUUAGCGGAGUCGACACGUCGCCCAGCUACAACCAGUCGCCGCAGAUGCCGAAUGCGAACGCGCCCGUGGCGCCGUUAAACCCCGACUUGGCUAACAACUGGCACUACGACCUCCAGAAUGACUCCAUUAUGGGAGACAUGUGGCAGCCGGAUUCGUUCCCGAGCUAUCUGCCCACGCCGUGGUUCGCCCAGCAGGGUGGCGCGCAGACACUCUUCAACGCCAUCAGCCCCGACACGGACCCGCAGCACUACCCGGCAUUGGACGGAAGCGACAACGCGGGUCUGCACGACCUUACGCAGCUCAAUGUUCGUGGGUCGUACCAGAGCAACCUGCCGCCGGCCGCAGCGCCUGCUCCUCCACAGCCACAGCCCGCCGCGGCGCCUGCGGCACAAGCCCACCCACCGAGCGUGAACGGAAGCACGCUGAGCUCGUCGAGCAAGAAGCACAAGGCGUGGGGCGUGGACGAGAACGGCGACCUGGCGCCGACGGACGACGUCAAGGCCGCCGAGGCGCUCGAGACCUUUCCGCCCGGGAUCAGCCUGGCGCGCUGCGCCACGGCAGCGCACACGAUCGUGCGGCUUGAAGUACUGCACCGUUCUGCGGCGCUCGCGCUCGACGGCUCGCCCAAGUGGAUCCCAUUCUGCAGCUGCGGCCUCGUGAGCGGCGCGUACGCCUUCCUCCUCCUCGUGCUUGCGGUACAGGCCGAAAACACCUUCGGAACCUACUCGGAGGCUCGGUCGGAGGAGGUCGAGGCACUCCUGACGAACGUCAAGAUCAUCCUCGGCGGCCUCGAGGCUUACGGCACCAUGUGGGAGGGCAUCGACAUGAUGGCGCGCGAGGUGCGUGCGGCCGUCGAGGCCGCGACGCAGCUGCCGCUCGAAGUCCAGAGCCAGAUGAGCGGCCGGAGCAGUAUGAGCCCGAGUGUUUAGGGGGGCGAGGGGCGGG